GAACAGAUUGAAACACUGCAGCUCAAACAGACUAUAUGCAGCAUUGUAGACAUGGAGCCAGGAUCAGCGGUCAGUGCUGUGCGGAGCCAGAGGGUUUUGUGUGGAGAGGAAAUUCUACCUGCCGUUAUUGUAAUAAAAGAAGGCAAGAUUCACAGCGUUCUGCCUGAUUCAGAAGCGUCAGCACACUUGGUUAGAAAGGUACUGGAUGUGGGCGACAGUCUGGUAAUGCCAGGUAUAGUAGACUGUCAUGUUCAUGUGAAUGAACCAGGUCGCACUGACUGGGAAGGGUACUGGACCGCCACACGAGCAGCUGCUGCUGGAGGCAUCACCACCAUUGCAGACAUGCCACUAAACACAAUCCCACCUACUACCACUCUUAAAAACUUUAAUGAGAAGCUGUGUGCUGCUACAGGGCAGUGCUUUGUAGACACUGCGUUUUGGGGAGGAGUCAUACCUGGCAACCAGCUGGAGUUGAAACCGAUGCUCCAGGCUGGUGUCGCUGGAUUUAAGUGCUUUCUGAUUCACAGUGGAGUAGAGGAGUUUCCUCAUGUAACUGAUGCUGAUCUGCACGAAGCUAUGAAACAGCUCCAGGGCACAAACAGCGUUCUGCUGUUUCAUGCAGAACAAGAACUCCCGCAUCCAGUUGCUGAGAAAAGAGAUCCACAAGAAUAUUCCACCUUCCUGAAGUCCAGACCUGACAUUAUGGAGCUUGAGGCCAUCCAUAACGUCAUUGAGUUCUGCUUACAGUAUCAAGUGCGAUGCCACAUUGUGCACCUGUCAUCUGCUGAGCCUCUGGAGCUCAUUAGAGCAGCGAAACAAGCUGGAGCUCCGCUGACAGUGGAGACCACCCACCACUACCUUAACCUGUCUGCAGAGAACAUCCCAGGACGGGCCACUCAAUUCAAAUGCUGCCCCCCGAUACGGAGCACGGCCAACAAGGAGCUGUUGUGGUCUGCACUUAAAGCUGGUGACAUCGAUAUGGUUGUGUCAGAUCAUUCACCAUGCACACCUGACCUGAAGUGUUUGGACAAUGGCGAUUUCACACAAGCGUGGGGCGGGAUCUCUUCCCUGCAAUUUGGUCUAUCUUUGUUCUGGACUUCCGCUUCCAAAAGAGGAUUUUCAUUCUCUGAUGCAGCAAGACUCUUGUGUGAAGAGCCUGCUCGACUCUGUCGCCUUGACAACCAAAAAGGGAGUCUCAUUCCAGGUCACGAUGCAGACUUAGUCAUUUGGGAUCCAGAAAAAGAGUUCACGGUGAACGAAGACAACAUACACCACAAAAACAAAUUGACUCCUUACCUUGGCCGUGUUCUGCGCGGAAUGGUGAGGUUCACUAUAGUGCGAGGCCAGGUGGUCUACAGUCAUGGAUCUUUCAGUUCUCAGCCAUUGGGGAAGCAUCUCCUAAUCCAGGACAAGGCCACAACCUCUGUGUAAACAAAAGCAUUAAAGUAUUAUGCAUAUCUUGUACUGCCUGUUAAUAUCAGUAAGUGCAGUAAAUGCUUUUAUGUGUAACUUUUA